AUGGCGCAAGACGAUGAUUAUGAUUAUAAUAAUAAUCAAUCCUGCUUUUCCUUAAAGGGUUCAAGCACUUGUCCAGCUUAUGAAGAUUAUUACAUUAGUUUACUUGAAUAUUCAUUUCUUGAAAAUGUCACUGAUAUUGCAUCUUUUGACGAAGCAAUGAUAAAACAUGUAAAAUCAUCUGAUUUCUUUUUAAUUCCUUUGGGAUGUGAAAACAAAGUAUUAAAAUCAGAAACGAUACCCUAUGCACGUUAUUCUUUAACUUAUCUUUGCGCUAACUUGAUUCAAGAUAGCUAUUAUUCAUUACCGUGUAAUUAUGAUCAUAAAUUAUCUCCACCUCCACUUUGUCGACAAACUUGUUUUCAAUACAUGUCCUCAGUCAAUGAAAUCACAAACAGCGUCUCAUUGUGUCCUAACCAAGCAGAAAAACGUGAAAUGAUUUUAAAUAUGAAUUCAUCAUGCGAAUAUUGGAGUGGAUUAAACGCAACAUUCAAUUGCGUUAUUGGUAUAGCGAAUGAGCCUAAUUUAUGUGGAUUUGGUGGAUUAAAAGAAGCUUGUCAAUACUGUCAAUCAACGAGUGGUUCAAAGGAUGCAUGCUGUCAACUGGUAUCAGGCUGUCAGAAAUUAUCAGUAGGAGCCAUUAUUGGUAUCAUCAUUGGAUGUCUAGUGUUUGUAGGCAUUGUAGGCGCUAUUAUUUUUAGAUACUUUUGCUAUAAAAAGAAGAGAAAAAAUGGCGUAUCUUAUAAUGGAUUUAUGAUGAAUUAUAAAAAGAAAAAAAAUAAGAAAGAGAGGGAAGCUCAUGAUGGAGAAGAAGAUAGUUCAAGUGCAUUUGCUUAUGAAUCUUUAGUAUCUCAACAUGCACUUGUGUCACAACCUUACAAUCAUAAAUCUGCAAGUACAAAUAGCUUAUCAACAGCAGCAGCAGCAGCAGCAGCAGCAGUAACACCUCCUACUACUCCUCCAUCAUUACUGAAUAUACCGCAACAACAACAACAACAACAACAACAACAACAAACAUCACAGGGAGCAAUCACUCAACCUACAGUAGAGGAAUUUUUUGAAGUCAAACAUCCUUAUCCACCGCAAAUGGGAGAUGAAUUAGCUUUGCAUGUAGGUGAUAUUGUAUGCGUGGCAAUGAAUUUUGAUGAUGGUUGGGCACUUGGAUUUAAUGUAACAACAGGUUUAAAGGGAGUGUUUCCUCUUGUAUGUGUUACACCUGUUCCUGAAGAAUUGCUGGAACAAUUACUUCUUCCAGAACAGCCUGCAACAAAUAAAACGCUUGUAGAAGACGGUUCUGAACAUUUAAUGAACAUGGAGCAGAUACGUGAUAACAUAAGAAGAUCUAUAAGUAUUUCAUCAAGGAAAACAACAACCACUGGGAAACAUACGUUACCAACUACUGAAUUAACCGAUCAUAGCAAUAUCCCAAGAAGAACAGCGAGUAUCAUGCGUGACUCUUAUGAUUAUCAUGAAAGCGAUUCACCUACUUCACCUACACAACAUACUCCAUUUUUUGAUGUGAGUCUAUUAUAUCAAAACACCAAUACAUCAUCGUCCAUGAAACCCAAACCCUCUUUAUUUCAACCUACUACACCUACUACUGAGACUUAUGAAAUAUAUCGAAAACUUCCUUUGCCCUUCCAUGAAAAGAAAAAAAUCGGGAUCAAGCAGUUUCCAUACUCAUAUAAUAGAAAAGUCCCUGAUUUCAUUAUCUGGUAA